AAUUAAUUUUCACGAAUUUUAUAACUUUGUAAAUAAAUUGUCGCGAAAAAAGUUUCUUGCGAAAAGUGGAACAAGGUUUAGAUCUGGGAACGCGGUUGAGAUCUGAGAACAAGAUUUAUUUUGCUUGUUUUUAAACAGCAUUAAGAUUAACUUGUGUGCAUAUUGUGGCAGUAGACCGAAAAUGUAAUUCUGCAUGAUAUGUCACGGUUGAUCGUUUUGAAGCGGCUCUCGUUCGUUUUAUUAGUUAAUUUCGCACGAUGCGUUAACAUGGCUCAAUCUGCGGUGGAGAACAUAUAUACAAUAUGGCGGCACAUAGUGAGUAUAAUAUUUUUAGUAAGUAUGUGAUACUUUUCACCAUUUUUGAUUUGUCAUGAAUUUCGAGAUUGGUAAAAGUAAAAUGAAUAGAUGUUGGUUUAAAAUUAUAUUUUCCAUUCUUUUAACCAUCUACUUGUUAAAGGGACUCAUCACUUUUCUUUCUUUAUCAAAUGGAAAUUCGUUCUUGAAAAUUAAAACGAAAUUUUACAACAUCAAAAGAACGCUUAUCAACUUAGACAGCAUGGAUAAGCAUUUGAAGCAACUGGAAGAUAUUUAUGAGCAGAACGUGCGAGAGUUUUAUCGAAUAUAUAACAAUUACUACAAGCCAAGACUUACAGAUGCUUUUCAUACUCCGAGCAGCAGGCCGUUAAAUUUAAACGGCGUUAAGCCAUCUUGCGCUAAUAGACCGUACCUUUUAAUUCAAGUUCAUUCGGCGCCUUUAAACGUCAAGAAACGCCUUGCAAUACGUUACAGUUGGGGCGCUGAAUAUAACGCCUUUAACACUAUCGAGAUAAAUAAAAGCAAGCAUCAUGUAAACAGAGCGUUCCAAACUGUUUUUGUGAUUGGACGUAGUGGAAUACAUGGUGUAAACAAGGUCUUAUUAGAAGAGUCAAAAGCUUACAAAGAUGUGCUUAUAACAAAUUUUACGGAUUCUUACCGGGGAUUGUCACGAAAGACGGUUUAUGCAUUGAAGUGGGCUUCUAAUAAUUGUCUUCCAAUGUACAUGUUAAAAACGGACGACGAUUGUUACGUUAAUGUGAAAAACAUAAUACAAUAUUUGACUAAUAAUUUCAAUCCAGUGAAUCUAUACACGGGACGAAUACAGUGGUUCAUGCCGGCUAAUCGAGACACAACUAGUAAAUUUUACGUUUCAGAGAAAGAUUAUCCACACUUUUUACUACCCCCGUAUGCAUCCGGAGGAGGGUAUUUAUUUUCGGGAGCGGUUAUACCACGGCUUGUUAAUGCUAGCAAACAUAUCAAACUGAUUCCAAAUGAAGACGCAAACUUUGGUAUAUUAAUGCAUUCGUUGAACAUAAAACCCGUCGAAAACAUUCGCAUUUUACCGUAUAUAUACUGUAACGAAUCGAUUUGGAUUCGGCCAACUUGCGAUUUUCUAUCGCCUUUUGUAGUACACGGCGUGCAAAACUAUGCCCAAAUAUGGGUGCAUCAUAACGUAAAAAUAUUAAAUAAAAUCUCAGGUAUAUGCAAGCAAUCUUUGAAAUAUCGGCGUCAUUUAAGGCCACCGUUAUAUUGUCCAACGGAUAAUAGUUGACUGAACCAACACGAAUUUAUCAUCAUGAUGUCACUACAAAGUUAGUCAAGCAUCAUUCGAUGAACAAAAGGUGUGCCAGAAAAUAGAAGACAAUUGAUGUUAUUUUCAUUAAUUUUUUUUUGUAAAUUCUCUUUCAAUUCUUAUAUAUUUUACCGAAAGCAUACAAGUUGCCAAGCAACGUAAAUACAACAACGAAGUAGCACCACUAAA